AAUCAGACCGCAGUAUGCUGAAGGAGCUGUUUCUGCGAAGGAAGUUUUUCUUGUUCAUCUUCGUGGUAGGAAUCGGAGGGAGUUUCCAAUUCGGGUUCAACGUAUCUGCCAUAAAUGCACCUUCAGAGUAUAUUAAGAACUUCAUCAAUGAAACUUGGAUCCAUCGAUAUGAAACUCCACUGCAGGAAUAUUCAAUGAUGCUCCUAUGGUCCUUCAUUGUAUCUGUGUACCCAGUUGGAGGUCUGGUCGGAGCACAAUUUGCUGCACUUUUAACUGUGAAGUAUGGAAGGAAGAAAUCCAUGCUGUUCAGUAACAUUGUGGCAAUCAUAUCUGCACUAAUAAUGGGAUUCAGCAAGAUGGCAAGGUCAUUUGAGAUGAUUGUGGUGGGAAGAUUCCUGUACGGAAUUAGCAUAGGCAUUGGAUUGGUUGCUCAUGGCUUGUACCUUGGAGAAACAGCACCAAAGGAAAUACGAGGAGUUGUGUGUCUGACCCGUGCUGUAUUUAAUGCCCUUGGGAAAUGCAUGGGCUUGGUAAUUGGACUCAGGGAAAUUCUAGGUGAUGAAGACAAGUGGCAUUUAUUGCUGGCCUUCAGUGGGCUGCCUGCCCUUAUUCAACUCAUCACCCUGCCCUGGUUUCCAGAGAGCCCCAGGUAUCUACUCAUGGAGAAAGGAAACAGAGCUCUCUGCAUAGAUGCUCUACAAAGACUUUGGAGUCCGGGUGAUUUCACAGAGGAGGUUGAUGAAAUGAUAGCAGAACAGGCUCAAGCACAAGGAACUACCAAAAGCAAUCUUUUGCAGCUCUUCUGUGACAAAACAGUACGGUGUCAGCUCUUAACCGGUGUGAUUGUCAGUGCAGGCAUGCAGCUCAGUGGUGUCAAUAUUAUCUAUUUUUACGCUAAUGAUGUUUAUCGGCAGUUGGGAUUUACCAAGGACAAGAUUCUGUACGUGGGGAUAGGUACAAGCGGAAUUGAAAUAUUGACUUCACUGAUUUGUGGAUUCGUUAUUGAACGAGCUGGUAGGAAGGUUCUGCUCUGGAAAGGAUACUCCUUCAUGGCACUGUGGAUAUUACUACUGAUUAUUACACUCUCUCUAAAGGAGUAUUUCACCUGGAUUACAUACUGUAGCCUGGUCUUCAUCUUUGCUUACAUCUUCACCUUUGGGAUAGGUCCAGGUACCGUCAGUGGAGUCUUGCCUUUGGAAAUUUUCACUCAGUCUAACCGGAGUAUUGCUUUGGUGGCAGCAAACAGCCUGCAGUGGCUGUCUCUCUUCGUCCUGGGAUUGGUGUUUCCUUUUGUUGUUGAUGUGUUGGGUCCAUUCUCCUUCUUCCUGUUUUUUGGAAGCUGCACGUUUACCUCACUCUUCAUGUUUUACAUCCUCCCCGAAACAAAAGGAAAGACUCUUCUUCAAAUCAAUGAGGAGUUCAAAAAACUGCACGAGGUGAAAGGAGUAAUAUGCCUCAGUCUCUGUAAGAAACCCGCCCCAAACCAGACGGUGGUUCUAUCGACAAUACUGUGACCAAAUGGGAGGCGAUGUCUGAACAAAAAUCACCCUGGGCUGCUUCUACAGUUGUCCCACACUCAGGUGACGCAGAGGCCAACCCUCACAUUUAGUUUGUUUCCUAUCAGGGCUAAACUCGGUUGA